UUGGGCGCCCGUAUAUACGGGGGUGGGCACACGUCACACGUUUCUUCUUUUUUUUAUCAGAUCAGGUGUCCCAAGGAUGUAGAAGAAUUUUCUAUCAAUAUUUGAUCGGCUCGUGUAGGAUCUGUUACCUACGACAAACAAAACGUUAAACACAAUCGCCAUGUCAAGUGGUGGUCCGUCGUCGUCGUCCUCGGUCACGAAGCCGGAGGACGUGAUUGUAGAGCCAGGCAUCGAGCCUGGAGCUUCCAGCGAGACGAUGCUCCUCACCACCGAGAACGACGAGGACUACGACGAGAGCAUCGGCGGUGGGAGUCUCGAGGCUCCAGAGCCCAAGGAGAGGGUUAUUGUUGCGGAUGCUCGCCCGGAAUCUCCAAAAACUGGCUCCGGAGAUCUCGACAAGUCCCUGGACACCGCUGACGUGGAUGAAGUUUCACACAGGCUCGAGCAGUGCAAUUUGGACGCCGAUCCGUUGAGAUGUAAAACUUGGCUGGCGCAAAAGAAACAUGUGUUUGUGCUGAGCCAAGCUGGCAAACCGAUAUACUCCAGAUACAGUUCUGAAGAUAAACUAGUCACAGUCAUGGGAGUCAUGCAGGCUCUUGUGUCGUUUGUGCAAGAUAGCAACGACAUGAUCAAGUCGAUUCAUGCUGGGGAUGCGAAUUUUGUGUUCAUUGCAAGGGGACCGCUCAUUUUAGUUUGUGUCUCCAAGACUCUUGAAAGUGUGCCACAACUUGUGCUUCAGUUAUCCUAUGUAUAUAAUCAAAUAUUGUCUGUACUGACACAAUCCCAACUAGUGAGAGUUUACGAGCAGAGAAGAAAUUUUGACCUCAGGAGGUUGCUGACAGGCAGCGAAAGAUUAAUAGAUCACUUGUUAAACUUUAUGGACAGAGAGCCAGCUUUUUUUCUCGGGGCAAUCAAGUGUUUGCCUCUUUUACCUUCUAUGAGGGACGCAAUUACACAGACAAUCGUUCAAACGUGCGGUAAAAUUAAAAACUUGGUUUUUGCGAUACUUUUAGCUAAUAAUCAGUUGAUAACAUUAGUCAGAAUGAAAAAGUUUUUCAUACAUCCAGCUGAUCUACAUUUGAUUCAAAAUUUAGUUGAUAGCUCUGAAUCGUUUAAAAGUGCUGAAAGCUGGACACCUAUCUGCUUGCCAAAAUUUGAUUCCAACGGUUUCAUGCAUGGUCACGUUUCUUACUUGGCAGAAGACUGUCAGGCUUGCUUACUACUGCUGACGGUUGAAAGAGACGUAUUUUAUACGCUAUCUGAAGCCAAACAGAAAAUUGUUGAAAAAUUGAGAAGAACCAGUUGUUUGGAAGCAAUCAAUGAGUCUAUGAAUAAGGCUCCUGUAACAACCGCUGAGAUCGGUUUGCCUGAAAUGAGGCAUGUUUUGUAUAAAUGUAAGAGUACUGCACAGUUUUGGAGUCCAGGAUUUCAAUCACCCUACAAUACAGAUGAGGAAAUCCAAAGGUUACUCGGAUGUUAUCAAUGCUUGCAUCAUAGACUCCAUUCGCCCAGUCGACCAUUAAAAUUAAUUUUCCAACAAUUGGAAAAAGAAACAAUGCUUGCAUGGGUGACAUCUGGAUUUGAAAUAUACGUAACUUUUGAACCUCUAGUUACUAAAACUGAUGCAAUAAACUCUAUAAGUAAACUAUUGAAGUGGAUAAAAAAAGAGGAGGAGAAAUUGUUCAUUUUAAAUUCACCUACAUUUUAAACUUGAAGUCAUGUGAUUUGUUUAUUCUGCAUCAAAAUUAAAUCAUUUUGUAUUUUUUUAUUCAGCCAAGCAGAGAAUACGUAAUAUAA